GCGCUAGAGAAAGCACUAGCAUGGUCGUAUGCAAAUGGGCGAGUGGGGGCGGGCGAAUACAAGGACCGUGCACGGAAACGUCCGGACGGCGUCGCGUCAUUGCAAUCACACCCCCUCCAUACAAAAUCCUUCCCAACACCGACAGCGCAACCACCGCCACCACCACCACCAUGCGCUCCCGCCGAUGACGCCGCCCCAACCCCUCCUCCUCCUCCUCACCCACCACCACUUCGCCGCCGCCGCCGCCGCCGGGCUCCUCCUCGACCCCGCCCCAGCCCCCACCUCCCACUCCCGCAAGCGCUCGCGCGUCGACACCGACAGCGACGGCCCUGUCCCUGCCGUCGUCCCGCCUCCGCCUCCUCCCUUGCCGCCGCUGCCGCUGCCGCCGACGAGCCCCGACCACUACCCGCUCGCGUUCCGCGUCUCCGCGCCCACCUUCCACUACCUCUCGGGCCUCCUCGACCCGCUCCUCUCCCACCCCUUCCUCCCGCCCGCGACGCUCCUCGCCCUCGCCCUCGCGCGCCUCGCCUCGGGCCUCCCUUACCCGGCCCUCGCGCGCCUCUUCCGCGUGCCGGCCUCCGCCCCGCGCGCCGCCUCCCGCCGCCUCCGCCGCGUCCUCCUCGCCAACUUCCGCUUCUGGCUCGCCUUCCCCUCCUCCGACCCCACCUCCUCCUCCUCCUCCUCGCCGCUCCCCUCCUGCCGCGGCGCGCUCGCCUGCGCGCGCUUCAACGGCCCCGGCGGGCCCCUAUCCGCGCAGCUCGUGGCCGGCGCCUCCUCCCGCAUCCUCUCCCUCGCCGCAGGCUUCCGCGGCGACCGUCCUGACCUCGAGGUCCUCCGGCUGUCGUCUCUGUACCAGGAGCUGGAGCAAGGCAGGGUGCUCGACCCCACGCAGUAUCUCGUUGGCGAUGGAGGCGGGUACCCGCUGCUGCCCUGGCUCAUGGUGCCGUUCCAGGGUCCUGCGGUGCCAGGCUCCCCGGAGGCGGGGUUCAACGCCGCGCACAGGGCAAUGUGCCGGCCGGUGAGGCGCGCUGCCCGGAGCCUGAUGGGGUGGGGAGCCAUCGUGCGGCUCCACGAGGAGGAGAGUCCGCGUGCUGCCGUGGCGUGCAUCGGGACGUGCGCGAUGCUUCACAACGUGCUGCUGGCCAGGGAGGAUUACUCUGCGUUGGCACCGGAGGAGGACGAUGAAACAGAGAGUGAUUUGGGGGCAAUGCGAAGCCGGGGAGAUGGCGCUGCAGUGGAAGGGUUGAAGAUUGAUGAGCGGGCCGCAGUGUUGCGGAGCUCAUUGGCAGCAAUGAUGAUGAGUGGCCGGCGAAUGCCUUCCUAGAACUGGUGAUUGUUUGUUUAACAGCUGCUGUCAUUGUCCAUUCUUUUGGAUCAUACUAUAGUUUAUAGUGGUGAGUAUUUUUUUACAUUCGGUUCUUUAGUUUUGUUGCCUUCUCAAUAAAUCAAGUAAAUAAAAUGAUUACAGAUUGAUCCAACUACUAAUGUUGACAUAUUCGUGUUAUAUUCGA